CGGUGGAUUUUGGGCGGCGGUAUUUAAAGUAGCACAAUAAUCCAUCCAAUGACAGACUGUUGAACUAGCGGCCAUCACUCCCUCCCAAGGUGCUUGAGAUGGCGUCCCCCAAACAAAAGGGUAGCCCCAGGAGAAAGCCCAACCCUGAGCUUGAUGUGGUUGUCAGCAGUCUGAGGAAGGAGAACUCCUACCUGAAGAUGACCCUGGCUGAGCUGUCUCGUCAACAUUCAGAACAUAACAAGCUGUUAGAGCGCUUCCUCUCUCUUGAAACCUUUCGACUGGAGAGUUCUCAUCAGCUCACAGACAAACAGGAGAAUAUUGCUUUGCCGUCGAAGCAGUUGAGACAGAAAGAAGGGAAUCUGAUGGACGUAGUGAGUAUGAGAAGAAAAAGAAGCCUAUCCAGUUACUGUGGGGUCACUGAUGAGAUCAAGAACAAGCUUGUGAGUGUUUCAACUAGGUGUCAACAUCUCGAGAACAAAGUUGCAGGGAAGAAGGAGUCUGCCUCAAGUGAAUGGGACUCAACAAUAACCACAGCAGAGCUCCCAAAGCAACUCAGUGAUGCCUUGGAGAAGAACAAGCAGUGGCUGGCAUAUGACCAGCAGAGAGAGGCCUAUGUGAGGGAAAUCAUGGCCAGAAUGUUAUGGCUGGAGAAGCAGCUGAAUGAAGCCAAUCAGAGUCGCUCACAGCGGCACAAUGAGGAGCAUUCAGAGGAGAAUGAACAAAUACUAACCCAGAUGCAGCAGAACUAUGAAAGACUCCUACAGAAAGCCAUAGAGGAGCUGGAUGUGCUCAGGGAGCAGAUCAACAUGAUCCAGCAGACCCUGAUAAUAACCCGAAACCAGUGCCAAGAAAGGGAACGUGAGGUGGAAGAGCUCAAGCAGCAGCUGCAAAAUGAAAUUACGAGCAGAAAAAGUCCAGAGGAACCUCUUCAAUGCUCUGAGGAUGAGGACCAAUGGAUCACCGCUGAGACUCAAGACCUUCAAUGCAGACUGAAUGAGGAGAAGCGCAAGUCGGCACGCAUCGUUCUGCAGUCUACUGUCAUGCAGAAGGCUUUUUUGAAUAGUCACCAUGCAGACCAGGAAACGAUUGAAGACUUGGAGCGACAGAUAAAGAUUUCUUCACAAGACCUUGAUGAUGAGAAGCAGAACUGUGCGUAUUUAAAGAAACAAACGGGCGGGGUUCUGAAGAAGCUGCAAAAAAAUAAAGAACAGAGAGACCAGCCGGAUCAAACCUCAUGUGAAGCGGUACACCCCCCCUCCGAGUGCUCCUCUUAUGGCAGCUUGCUGAAUGAAAGCUUCCUGGCGUGUCCCGGCUGUCGGGCCGAGUAUCCCAGCAGUCAGUACCGAGAACUGAUGGUCCACCUAGAGUCCUGUCUGGACUGAGCUCAGCCGAGAACUUCAAUUCUGUCUUCUGUUAAGGUUUCUGUACUGUGUAACCAGAGGUACAAGCUAUUUUAAUAAACUACUGUGUUGAAUUGC